AAAAGUUUAUUUCUCUUACGAGCCCUAAACUGCUACUUCCUUUCCUGCUUGUGCCGCCCCCUCCACUGAACGAGCAGAGCGAGCAAAACUAUUCUGCGGUGCCCUGCCAUCCGCUGCCACUGGCAGUUCUUUCUCUGCCGCCAAUUUGCCUCAGCUGUAUAUAUUAACUAGUAUUAUCAAGGAUGAUGCUUGGCUGUUGCUCCGCUGGUAGGGUUUAAGCCGCAAGCUAUACAGCAUACAAUGGGUGAGGAAGAGCAGUCUCAUAAGUCUCACCGGUCUCGUCAAUCGGGCCCUUCUGCCAAGAAAAAAGCUAAAUCAAAUAAGAAUAAGCGUGGUGUUUCAGACCAUGAAAAUCACAAGAACCCAAAGGCAUUUGCAUUCAAUUCAUCUGCAAAGGCAAAGCGCUUGCAAUCGCGAGCUACAGAGAAAGAGCAAAAAAGGCUUCGUGUCCCCAUCAUUGACCGUUCAACAGGGGAUCCUGCCCCCUAUGUUGUUGUAGUUCAUGGUCCUCCCCAGGUUGGGAAAUCUCUUUUAAUAAAAUGUCUUGUGAAGCACUAUACCAAGCAUAAUUUACCCGAAGUUCGAGGCCCGAUCACCAUUGUAUCAGGCAAGCAAAGGCGGCUACAGUUUGUGGAGUGCCCAAAUGACAUCAAUGGCAUGAUUGAUGUGGCAAAGUUUGCUGAUUUAGCGUUGCUUCUUAUAGAUGGAAGCUAUGGUUUUGAAAUGGAAACAUUUGAAUUCCUUAAUAUUUUGCAAGUUCAUGGAUUUCCGAAGGUUAUGGGAGUGCUUACACACCUUGAUAAGUUCAAGGAUGUGAAAAAACUUAAAAAGACAAAGCAGCGACUCAAGCAUCGGUUUUGGACUGAAAUAUAUGAUGGAGCUAAAUUAUUCUAUUUGUCUGGUCUCAUUCAUGGGAAGUAUGCAAAACGGGAAAUUCACAAUCUUGCAAGGUUCAUCUCCGUUAUGAAGUUUCAGCCUCUGUCUUGGCGAGUUUCUCAUCCUUAUGUUUUGGUAGAUCGUUUUGAAGAUGUCACUCCUCCAGAAAGAGUGCAUAUGAAUAGGAAGUGUGAUAGAAAUGUCAUACUCUAUGGUUAUUUGCGAGGUUGUAAUUUGAAGAAAGGAACUAAGGUGCAUAUUGCUGGUGUGGGUGAUUUUAGUCUAGCUGGUGUUAUGGGCUUACCAGAUCCUUGCCCUCUUCCAUCGGCUGCUAAGAAAAAGGGACUGCGUGACAAGGAGAAGCUAUUUUAUGGACCCAUGUCUGGACUUGGGGAUCUGUUGUAUGACAAGGAUGCUGUCUACAUUAACAUAAAUGACCAUUUUGUACAGUUUUCGAAGGUUGAUGAUAAAGAUGAAGUGGCAUGCAAAGAAAGGGAUCGUGACGUUGGUGAAGUUCUGGUGAAAUCACUACAGAAUACGAAAUAUUCAAUUGAUGAAAAGCUAGAGAACAGCUUCAUUACCCUUUUUGGCAGGAAGCCUAAUAUGUCAUCAGUUGCCCAGUGUGAUUCCCAAGAUGCUAUUGAAGAUACUGAACCAAUUCAUGGAAUUGAGUCCUCAGAGCAAUAUCAUUCUGAGGAUGAAAUUGAAGCUGAUGGAUUUGAUGAAAUAAGUGAUGCGGAGGAUUUUGAUGGUUCAGAGUUUUCUGAGCAAGAUAGUGAAUCUCAAAAAGGUGCAACUGCUAUGAGUAAAGUUAGUGGUUCUGAUAAAGAUAGCAGCUAUGCAUUGUCACAGCAAGUUUCUUUAAAAAAUUCCUUAGAGGAGUGUAUUGAGUUCCAUGAUGGAAGGCUGAGAAGAAAAGCUAUAUUUGGAAAUGACAUUGAUCAUAAUGAUCUGAAGGAUGCUGAUGGAGAUAAUGACAAUGAAGAAAAUGAUGAGGAUUUAGAUGAAGAUGCUGAAGAAGAUGCUAAUGAUGUAGAUAACCUGCCAUCUUCUGAUUCAGAUUUUUCAGAGGAAGUAGAAAAUCAAAGGACAGAUGAUGAGAUGGGAAAUGCUUCGAAGUGGAAAGAGUCCUUGUUGAGUAGAACGGUCCUGAGACAGAAGGCCAAUCUUAUGCAACUCGUGUAUGGAAACUCUGCAUCAAAGUUGGUAACUUCUAUUGAUGAAGUGCAUGAAAGCAGCGAGGAUAAUGAAAGUGAGGAUGAUUUCUUUAAGCCGAAAGGAGAGGGAAAAAAGCGGCUGAAGGAAGGAUUUGAUGGUAACACAUGCAAUUCUGAGGAUUGUUCCAAAUUUACAAAUCAUGCAAAUCUCAGAAACUGGAAAAGGGAAGAGUUUGUUGAAAGUAUUCGUGAUCGUUUUGUCACUGGAGAUUGGUCAAAGGCUGCUCUCAGAAGUCAAGUUUCAGAGGCUGAUGAAGCAGUUUAUGGUGAUUUUGAAGAUUUGGAAACAGGGGAGAAGUAUGAGAGCCAUCAAACUGGCGAUGCUGACCAUGCAAUGCAGAACGAAAAGGACUUAGCAAUUGAGAAGCGGAGGCUUAAAAAACUUGCUCUCCGUGCAAAAUUUGAUGCUGAAUAUGAAUCACCUGAGGAGGAUAUUGAUAAACCUGAGGCAAAAUCACAACUUAGCCAAGAUAAGGAAGGUGGAUUUUAUGACAAGUUAAAGGAGGAGAUUGAACUUCGGAAACAAAUGAAUAUGGCUGAGCUUAAUGAUCUUGACGAGGCCACUCGUACUGAGGUGGAGGGCCUUAGAACAGGGACUUACCUAAGAUUGGAGGUGCAUGAUAUACCCUUAUGAAUGAUUGGCAUUGACCAUAGCCAUGACCCAUGCCAGACGCCUCCUAUUUUGGGGGGGAAUUUGGAGCUUGGGCCUUAAAAUGCGGAGGAAUUAUGUCGGAUGGAGGUCAGCUUAAAGCGGCAUCGGUGGUAUCGGAAGAAGCUGAAGAAUAGAGACCCUAUAAUUGUAUCUAUUGGAUGGAGGCGUUACCAAACUACACCUGUUUAUGUUGUUGAGGACAGGAAUGGACGGCAUCGCAUGGUUAAGUACACUCCUGAUCACGAGCACUGCCUUGCCAUGAUUUGGGGCCCUCUUGCACCACCAAAGGCUGGAAUAGUUGCUUUCCAGAAUUUAUCAAACAAUCAGGCAAAUUUUAGGAUUACAGCAACUGCAGUUGUACAAGAGUUCAAUCAUGAAGUUCGAAUAGUGAAGAAACUCAAGCUGGUUGGAUAUCCGUGCAAAAUCUUCAAGAAGACGGCACUUAUCAAGGGCAUGUUCACUUCAGAUCUUGAAAUAGCUAGGUUUGAAGGUGCUGCUGUUCGCACUGUCAGUGGUAUUCGGGGGCAGGUGAAAAAGGCUGCAAAAGAAGAAAUUGGCAACCACCCAAAAAAGAAGGGAGGACAUCCUGUGGAGGGGAUCGCCAGGUGCACUUUUGAGGAUAAAAUUUUGAUGAGUGACAUAGUCUGCUUGUCUGCAUGGACAAAUGUUGAUGUUCCUCAGUUUUUUAAUCCACUGACAACUGCCCUGCAACCUCGUGAUCAAACAUGGCAAGGAAUGAAAACGGUGGCUGAAUUGCGGAGGGAACAUAAUCUUCCUGUUCCUGUUAACAAGGAUUCACAGUAUAAGCCAAUUGAAAGGAAGCCAAAGAAAUUCAACCCCUUGGUUAUUCCCAAGUCAUUACAGAAGGAUCUCCCAUUUCAGUCAAAGCCCAAGGUUACUCCCAAACGAAGGCGAUCUCUUCUUGAAAAUCGAAGGGCUGUUGUCAUGGAACCUCAUGAGCGAAAGGUCCAUGCUCUUGUUCAACACCUCCAGUUGAUUAGAAAUGAGAAGAUGAAGAAGCGGAAGCUCAAGGAAGAGCAGAAGAGGAAGCAACAUGAAGUGGAAAAAGCCAAAGAUGAGCAGCUAUCGAGAAAGCGUCAGAGAGAGGAAAGGCGUGAGAGAUACCGGGAGCAAGACAAACUAAGUAAAAAGAUCCGGAGAAAUGCAGGGGCAUAAUGAUUCUUGUUGAAAAUGAAUUAGUUGGAAAAAAAAUGGGGAAACACUGGUCCCGAUGAUCGUUGUUCAUAAUUGCGUCAGAAUUAUUUUUGCUGGGAUGCUGCUUGGGUAAUUAUGUUGGAUGUAUAAGGCAUUAUUUUUGGUGAUGGAUUGAUGCAAAUAGGUACUGUUAGAUGCGUUUUGGAGAUGUGUACCUGUAAUGACAGAUCCAUCUCGAGUUCCCUUUGCCGGAGUCUAGUGCUUUCUAAGCUAAAAUUUUGAUUCUGUAUUUGGGUAGCUGUUAAUAUGGUGUGGAAAUUUUUUGCCCGUGCCUUCCUCCUAUUUGGUUCCUGUGACUUGUUCUAUUUGAAUAGUGGUGGAAAUGCAGCAAAGGAAUGGUUCCUGUUA